AUGUCAGACGAAGCUCGAAAAUGCCGCCAUGGUAACGAAACGGCCGAGUUUUGCCAGUCCUGCAAGACAGAAAGGCGAGAGCAGCUCAAGUACAGAUGGAAGAUUAUUCUAGGACUAUUUCUACCGUUUGCUAUUUCGGCCCUCGACGUCACAAUUAUCGCCAGCGCAUUGCCGUGGAUUGCCGACGACUUUGAUCAACUGUCUCAGCUCAACUGGAUCAUCUCAUCCUUCAACUUGACAGCGGCUGCUUUCAUUCCUUUCUGGGGUCAAAUGGCCGACAUUUUCGGCCGACAUGCAUCUAUCCAAGCUUGCAUGAUUAUCGCCAUCGUCGGUGGUGCUCUGUGUACAGGCGCUCCGACCAACGCAUUUCCAAUGCUUCUCUUCGGAAGAGCACUUCAAGGCAUAGGCUGUGCUGGUAUUAACGUAGUCGUUCGGGCUAUUGUGGCCGACAAAGUAUCACUACAAGAGGAUGCAAAGAACUGGUCCAUCUUUUCCAUGGUGGCAGGCAGCUCCUACUCGGUCGGGCCUGUUAUUGGAGGUUACUUGACCAACACCAACUGGCGAUGGUGCUUCGGAAUCACGCUGCCGAUCGGAGUUGCUGGCUGCAUAAUUACAUUCAUCGUUCUACGUAAGGAGCUACUUGGACCUCAACCUAUCCCACAGCUCGAGGAGACGACAGAGACUGGCCGUCGAACGACCUUCAAGCAGCGUCUCAAGACAAUUGACGUUGGAGGUCAAGUAUUGUCUCUUUUCGGAUUCGGUUUACUCAUUCUCGCAUUCACUUGGGCAGGGUCAACAUAUGCCUGGGACAGUCCGGCGAUCAUUGUGCCCCUGGUAUUUGGAGGUCUCAUUAUUGGUGCAUUUGUGCUGUGGCAAUAUUACAUGACUCCAGGUCAAAUACUGGAGAAGAAAUUCCCACAACAACAGGCGAUGAUUCCGUGGGAAGUUCUCAGGAAUCGGGACAUUGGCUUGCUAUUUUAUACCUCGUUUGCUUCUGGUAUGGCCAUGUACUCUGUGCUCUAUUUUUGCACUCUAUACUUCACCAUGGUUAAGCAGUUGCUUCCGAGUGAGGCAGGACGGCAGUUGUUAUUCGUUGUUCCAGGGCUAGGAACUGGCGUCUUCAUUGCCAUCCUCAUGUGCAACUACUCUCCCCGUCAGACCUGGCAUCCAAUCAUGCUCGGAGCUGUCAUCGAAGCUAUCGGCCUUGGUGUACUGGCAUGGGCCUUGUGGAAGGAGCACGAUCCAACUGUCUACGGCAUGAUGGUGCUGACAGGUGUCGGCAUAGGCAUUCGAUUGAUGCCAGUUCCACUCCACGGCAUGGCAUACUUUCCCAAGAGGAUCGCAGCUGUCAUCUCCCUUAUGGAAGUCUCGGAUCCAUUCGGAGGCACACUGGGCCUAACUAUUAUGACAACCGUGUUGAACAACGUGGCUGGCGACCUUCGACAGCGAGCGAAGAAAGGCAUCGUGCUGGCCUUUGUUGCCAUAUUCCCCUUCAUGGUUCUAUGUGUUAUCGCCUCGGCCUUUCUUGGAAACGUCUAUAUCAGUACAGAUGCGUCCGAGGAAGACGAACAGUCAAACGUCAUAUACCAGGGCGUUUUCUUUUGGUCUUGGGUCAGAAGGAAGAAGAUCGACGAGAGUCCACAUCUGGUCACCACGACGAGGCGAGCUACUUGGAGGGGAGAACAGGAAAUGCUUCCGGGGGUAAAUGCUUCACUGGACGCGGUACAGACACGCAAAUAG